UAACACUAUAACACUAACAGCUUCACGCACGAUAUAAUGUAUGCCGUCUUGUAAUGUUUCCUUGCGUUUUAGAUUGGUCGGAUAGAGUAAUGGGAAUUUGACGGCCCGGUAAUGGCAGAGCUGAACGAGCAAGGUGAAGAGUGGUUGGAGCUGACAACUUGAACUGGUGCUGAAGAUAACAAUUACAAGGAAAUGGGAAACAGAAAAGAUCAUAUCGUUAAUGAGAUGCAUAAGCAGCCGACGUUGAGGAGCAGUAUAACUGUAAACGUUAGCAAGGAUGCACUACAGGACCCCUCUAUGAAGAGACUGGACAAGUGGAGGUCCAUGUUCCACAUGUUCAACUUGCUAACCUUCACCGUGGCUCUUAUUUCUCUUGGAUUGUCUCUGCUUACCUACGCUUCUGCUACACCCUCCCCCAGUACUGUAGCAGAGUACGAGUUACCCAUGGUUUACUACGGUAUUAAUGGUGCCCUCAUGACUGGUCACACUGCAUUUGGAGCAUUCGCUUGUGUCAAAGCUGAGAACCUGAAAGUUCUUAAGAUCUACACCGCUAUUGGUUUUCUCCUGGUUAUAGAAGAGCUCGCUAUAGGUUCUUGGAUGUUGGCUACAAUCCAAAACAGAAUUAAUGCAGUAAUUAAUAAAAUAAGUAAUUUGGAGUCUCAACACUCAAAUCAUGACCAUGAUGAAAGUCAGAAGAGGGACACUGUCGACCAGACUAAACGUUUAGCAAAACGAGACGACGAUCACACCGAGGACCACGACGAAGACAGCGAGACGUCCGAAACUGAAGAUCAUGCCGAAGAUGAUUCAAAUUCAGUUGAGGCACAUAUAAUUUAUAAAGAAAUAAACAAGUAUUACGGGUGUUGCAUGUACGCUCAAAAGUGGGUCGAUGACGAUGAUCUUCAUCCUGAGGAGGUGUACGAGCAUUGUCUGACCAACGAGUAUCUGUUCUGUGGUGUGAAGUUCGUUUUGUUCCCUGGGACAAAGAAUCUGAAGAAGACAAUAGAAACGAGUUGUGACUGCGAGAUUAAAGUGGGGGAAGUCGUCACUGUGCGGAUUUUAAAGCAGACAGUUUUAUUAUUCAUAGCACUACCCUCCCAGAUCCUCUGUUUAUUUGGAGUAGCUAUGUUUAUCAAGUUUGAAAUUUCGUUCAGGAACAAUAGUAUGGUUGAAACGGUUUCGAUACCAAAUCCCUCUACGGUAAUGAAUAAAAUUGAUUAAAUAUAACUGAGAUUUUCUAUAAUGGAAGAAUUGUGCUCAGUUGGGAUUUGUAUUAAAAAGGCAAUCAAGAUUCUAUCUAUUCAAGAAAUAGCUUGACCAAUGUUUGGAUUUGUUUGUGUUUGUGGGUUCUUCAGAAAAUAUAAAGAAAGGGUAAAUUUUAAUCAUAUGAUCAAUGAUAUUGUCUAGCAAUCAUAGCUUUCAGAUAAUCUUGAUGCAAAAUUUCAGUCAACAUACCUUCUCAUCCAGUCCACACAAUUACAUAAUCUACUGAUCGAAUCUAAAAUACUGACAGUAGGUACUCAGUACAGUGUUUUACUUAUAUUUCUGAUUAUGUAAGCGACCAUUUCGAUUUAACGAGUGUAUAUAAUAUUAAUACUGUAUCAGUUUUGAAUUUCACGAUCUUGGUUUUUA